AUGACGACCGAAGGAGUGUGGAUCUCGCCCGCUGGUGUCAAGACUGUGAUACCACUCGAGAACAAUCCCGAAGUAUUCACAUCACUUCUCCACGACCUCGGCCUGUCCCCAGAGCUGGGCUUUUAUGACGUGUACAGCAUCGACGAUGCCGACUUGCUCGCCAUGAUUCCGCGACCGGCACAUGCUCUCAUAUUCAUCACGCCGGCCAAGAUGUACUACGCUUCCCGCAAAGAAGACGGCAUCGCCAGCGACAUGCCCAUGGAGGAGCUGACUUACAACAAGACCGGUGCCGAAGAUCCCGUCCUGUGGUUCCGCCAAACUAUUGGAAAUGCCUGCGGCCUGUAUGCACUAAUUCACUCUGUCGCGAAUGGCGAUGGAAAUAGAUACGUGCAGAAAGGUUCACUUCUGGAUAGGCUUUUUGCAGAGGCCAAGCCGCUGCAGCCUGAGCCGCGCGCCAGGGUCCUUUACGACAGCCAGGAGUUGGAGGAGGCUCAUAUGCGGGCAGCACGGAAAGGUGACUCUGUACCACCUCCGGCAGAGAACCACCCAGCCCUCCAUUUUAUUGCCUAUGUCAAGGGUCAAGAUGGCCACUUAUGGGAGUUGGAGGGCGCAACUGACGGUCCAGUGGACAGAGGUCUGCUCGCACCGGAGGACGAUGUUUUGAGCCCUAAGGCGCUGGAGCUUGGGAUCCGGAAGUUUUUGAACCAUUCCGAGGGGAACCCAAAUUUCAGCAUUGUAGCGCUGUCCAAGAAGGAUUGA